GGCCACAGCAGCCAGCAGAAGAGCAGAGCCACCCGAAGUGCCAACACACGACACAAAGUCCAGCUAAUAACACAAACGAGACGAGACACCAGCGAGCAAAAUAUAGAAAACAACUUCGAAGAUUGUGUGUGCGAGCCAGCCGUCAAAUUGAGUUCCGUUCGAGUGGCAAACAAACCUGAGUAGCCGUACCGCCAUGAGCUUCACCCGCCAACUGUCCGAGAUGAGUGCCAGCGAGCUGAACGACGCCAUUGACGACACCAACUUCCCGCAGGCCCACAUCCUGUCGCGCGGCCGCAACAACAGCGUGUGCUCAACAAGUAGCACCUCGGGCACCUCGUCGCUGGCCGACAGGGCGCAAACAUCCCAGCCGGAGGAGACCCAUCCAGGAACGCCCGCUGAGGACAUAGUGGCUCCAGUUGUUCCCGUGGCCGGAAACCAGAGACCCCGCCUAAUCCUGAAAACCAACGGCAGCACUCCGGAAAGCGAUGGUACACAACCGAAAACACCAAUGACACCGCGUACAUCGACAACGCCAGGUAGCCACGAGAAGUGCACGUUCCACCACGACCUGGAGCUGGACCACAAGCCGCCGACGCGAGAGGCCCUGCUGCCGGACAUGGCUCGCUCGUACCGCCUGCUGUUGGGCGGACUGGGCGAGAAUCCCGAUCGCCAGGGACUCAUCAAGACCCCGGAGCGGGCGGCCAAGGCCAUGCUGUACUUCACGAAGGGCUACGACCAGAGUCUCGAGGACGUUCUAAAUGGCGCCGUGUUCGACGAGGAUCAUGACGAAAUGGUGGUGGUCAAGGACAUCGAGAUGUUUUCCAUGUGUGAGCACCAUCUGGUUCCGUUCUACGGCAAAGUAUCUAUCGGUUACUUGCCCUGCAACAAAAUUCUCGGCCUCAGCAAACUGGCACGCAUUGUGGAAAUAUUUUCGCGUCGCCUGCAAGUCCAGGAGCGCUUGACGAAGCAGAUCGCAGUGGCCGUAACUCAGGCAGUUCAGCCUGCGGGUGUAGCUGUUGUAGUAGAGGGAGUGCACAUGUGCAUGGUGAUGCGGGGCGUGCAGAAAAUCAACAGCAAAACUGUUACCUCAACUAUGCUGGGCGUGUUCCGAGACGAUCCCAAGACCCGUGAGGAAUUCCUGAACUUAGUCAAUAGCAAAUAGAGUGGACACUAAGGACGAUAUCGAAAUCCGAGACCAUCUAAUAUUUUUGGAGGCGCUUAUAUACAAACAAACAAAAAACGAAACGAAACACAGGGUCCAUUAGUUUAUGUUUUUAGGAUUGAUUUCUUUUAGUUAGUGCAAUGAUUGCCUUGUUGAUUUGUGUAAAAAUUGUUGGAAAUUCUGUUAGAUAAAUACAUUUACCUAGAAGAGAGUAAAGAGCGGCGAGAUUCGAA